AUCUUCAGUCAUCCUCCCAUGACUGAUCACUGAUAUCUGUCUCUUCAGGAAAUACCGCCAGCGGCUCAGCGGACGAGAGAAUUGCAUUUCGACCGGCAGACAGGCAGAAACAGGUGCUGCAGGCGUAGAGAGGAGGAGCAAAGACAAGCCGAGCAGCGCAGCUCAACAGAGGAAUUCUCAAACAGCUGUCCGGCAGACGUCCUGCCUGCGAGAAGUAAACGCUCAAGGGCAGAAAAAGAGAGAGAGAGAGAGAGAGUGAGCGAGAGAGAGGACGAAAACGGCAACACGCCGCACCACCCAGAAGCUACAGACUACAGUUUGGGUCAAGGCACCUACGGGACAACAACCACAGCGUGGAGAAACGGGGACGUUAAUCUCACACGAGCAGGUAUAGGACAUUAUUCCAAACAUUUGAUCUGGAUUAUCUGCGUCUCGAAGGAUUAAGGACAUAUUUAAAGCUCUUCGAGAAUGUAACCCUCUCCCUUCCCUUGGGAGACUUUGGAGCAAGUUUAUCGUACAUCUGAAGAUUUACCAUAAUCCAGAGUGUUCCUCUGUCCUCUCCGUACCUGCUGGACUCUAAAGCAGCGAUGCCUGCCAAAAUGCCCAUCUACCUGAAAUCCACCAACAGUAAGAAAGGAAAGAAAUGUCGUCUGAGAGACAUUUUGUCCCCCGACAUGAUCAGCCCACCUCUCGGCGAUUUUCGCCACACUAUACACAUUGGAAAAGGUGGAGAGUGCGAUGCGUUUGGCGACAUGUCGUUCUUGCAAGGAAAGUUCGAGCUUCUACCUGGGAAAGGUGGAAUCGUUCGACCACAAUAUGGCACGCAGGGUGUGUUCACGAGGGCCAACAGCGCCUCCGAUGCCUCCUGUGUUGAAACGCCAUCGCCUGUACUGAAGAACGCCAUCUCCCUCCCAACCAUCGGGGGCAGCCAAGCGCUGACUCUACCUUUGAUCUCCACCACCGUGUAUCCGGUGAACCAGGACCCUUUGGAGCACCUAGAUGAGCCGUCUAAUCCUCCAGUCGGCUCUGUUGUAAGAGAAGAUCUGGAAAUCCUACAAAUGGAGACCUUGCUCAAGUCCAUCAGCGUAUUUAGAAGCGACCCCAGUCCUGUUCCUGAAGAGGACGAACGUUUGAUGAACCACGUGGAGACGCCUGAGAAAUCACCAGCGAAGAAGAAGAUGAUCCAGGGCGGUGAAAAGGAGCUUGAAACAUUUUUAUCCGUCUUUGUUAAUGAGAACAGCAGUUCCAAUGGGAUCCACCGCAACGGCGACUUCGAGUACAAACAGGAGAUGUUCAGCAUCCAGGGUGAUUGGGCAGACAGAGAUAGCGGCGUGGAGGAAGGCCGUUUAUGCGAUUCUGACUUUGAGCUCUCCAAAAGCAAAAGCCACUCGCAGGAGUCGCUCACGCAAAUCACAGGAUCCAUUUUUACUCUCGAACUCGACUUGGGUCCAUCCAUUUUGGAUGACGUACUCAAUAUUAUGAAUAGGCCGAUAUCUUAGGCUGUGACUUUGAACGAGAACCAAAGGGAAUUUGCUCUGCCCAUAGAGAGACUCGCUUGUCAAAUCAAAACGUGCAAUGUGACAUUUGGGAAAAUGGACUGAAUAGGCUGACCAGAGUAUGUUUUUAUGUUUAGCUUCAGAGUGUUUCUGCAUACUUAGUUUUGAUGGAUGGAGGGAAAAAUUUAUGCAAAAGAUCACACACCCAUUGUGCCUUUUAAGUUGAAAGCAGUUUAGCAUGUGUAGAUGCCAAUGAUAUUGUACAUGCAGAUAAAAUAGUUUGUCCCGUGUACUGAUGUCCAUGCACAACGUCAUGCAAUAGUAAUGCUUGUGUAAAUUCAUGCAAGCCGUCACAUCACCGUUCAUGCACAGAUAUAUUUAUGAUUGUGUCAUUAACCACAUUACCAAAUCCUAAUGGUGUAUACUUUAAGGCAUAUCGUUUUAAAUUG